UGUGUUUGUUUUGUAGCCCGUACAGGAGUGAGGAGGCGCCGGGGAGCAGUGGAGCUGUCACGGCAGCAGGUGCGCUUUCUCGGUCUCUUGUCCCGGGUGGAGACCCAGCGAAGGGACAGCGGGCUGCGCACUUCCUCCGCGUCCACGUUUGUCCCCUCUGAGCAGCCAUGACUUCUGUGUGGAAGCGACUUCAGCGGGCUGGAAAGAAAGCGUCCAAGUUCCAGUUCGCUGCCUCCUUCCACGAGCUGAUGAUAGAAUGCACCGAUAAAUGGCAACCAGACAAACUGAGGGUGUCAUGGAUCAGGAGAACCAGACGUCACAGCACAAAGCUCCACAGCUGGCAGCCAGGGAUCAAAAACCCGUACAGAGGCCUGGUGCUUUGGCAGGUUCCAGAGAGUUUAGACAUCAGCGUCACACUCUUCAAGGAACCAACUGCAGAUGAGUUUGAGGACAAAGACUGGACAUUCGUCAUUGAAAAUGAGACCAAAGGCCGCAGGAAGGUGUUGGCAUCAGCAGAUGUGAACAUGAAGAAGUUUGCCAGUGCCACACCGGCCCAGUAUGAUGUCACGCUGAAGCUCAAACCGCUGUCUGUGAAAGUGGUGGAAGCCACGCUGAAACUGAACCUGUCUUGUGUCUUUCUCAAAGAGGGCAAGGCCACAGAUGACGAUAUGCAGAGUCUGGCCAGUCUGCUGAGCAUGAAACAGAGUGACAUCGGGAACCUGGAUGACUUCAUUGACAGUGAUGAUGAAGGUGGUGAGGAGAGGAGGGCCAGCUUUGGACAAGCUACUCAUGUUACGGCCUCUGUCUCUAUCAUGAGAGUACAUGACCUGGCUUGGAGGCCUGUAGUUGAAUCAGGCCCCACAGCUUCAAGAAGGCCCCAUAGCUUUCACAGCUUGGAGGCCUUUGCUACCUUCACCCCUUCUAAAGCCACCUCCACCUCUUCUCACCCCCCCUCCGCCCUCGAUCCAUCGCUCCACACUCCCACUUCCUCUGAUACCUCACAAACAGCCUGUCCCACUGCCUUGAGACCACAUGGCGUUCUAUCCCUUCCUUCUGCAACCUCCUCAUCUUCGGCUCCUAUCAGCUCCUUCUCCCCUACCCCCUCUCUACCUCCACCUCCCGCUGCUCCCAGACACCCCAAAGCUUGCUUCUCCUCAGGGGAGUUGGGCUCCGCCCUCACCAGGCCUAGCAGCCUUCCGUCAGCCCCAGAGACAGCUUCGUGGCAGAGCGAAUGGAGGCCCCCGAAAUCUCAUGCGCCUCUAGCACAGCCUGCCUGCUCCCCUAAGUUUCUGCAUCUCUCUACCAAGGAUGGACAGCACAUAGAGACGCCAUUUUCGUCCUUUUUGGAGGAGAAACCACAGGCGGGGUCUGGAUUCAUUCCUUCUUGGAGACCCCAAACCCCCCCUAUAGCCGAGACCCUCUCACCUUCUCCUUUAAGUCCUUCUUCUGCUCAUGUUCUCUUUGGGUCUCCUCCUCCUCUUCUUCCUCUUCCUUCUCAGCCUUAUAAAUCCCAAACUGCAACAACCGCCAACAGUGAUGCAGAAUUCAAAAGACAGUUGAGCACGCUGCGUGAAGAAGACCACCAGUGUAUGACUUCCACAACCCCUGAUGCUACAGCGCCAGCCAGCCGCAGGCCAGAACCCCCCAGGGCUUCAGACAGGGGAAGAGACCCACAUGCAGGAAUGCAUGUUGUGAAGGCAUCAGCAGGACCUGAGAGCAUGGCCUCACUCCUGCCUCUAAGCCCAAGAAAGCCAGUAGUCCAAGGACUAAAAUAUUUUGAGAUGCCAAAACCACAGGUCAAUCAAUCAGAAUCAAGGCCAACAAGAACAUUUCCGAGCAUUCAACCAACAGUUCUUCCCUUCACUUCAGCACAUAGGCUAAACUGUGAUUAUCAAGAGUGUUCCUCUGCUUCAGUCAAAGGGCCUUUGGUUCAACCAAGAAGUCACUUGUCCAUGAAGUCCAUUCAGUUAGGAAACGCCCGACCAGAGCCCAAUCAUCACAUUUCUCCCUCCAACUCCAAACCAACCCCCAGACCACUCCAGGGACCUUUGCAAAUUGCUACAGGGUCUGACACAAAACCGAUAGAAACUAUGGGAGCGGCCUGUAAAAAAGAAGCUGUAACUGUGGAUUUGGGAAAUGAGAGCAUUGCUGGUCAGUCUGGAGAAUGUUCAAUUGUGAAAAACUCACAUUGGGAGAAGCCACAAAGAGACAUUCAAACAAUAAGCCCUACUGUUCCAAUACCCAUUAUGGAGAAGAAAACCAGAUGCAACAUGACUGCCUCAGUGAAUUCAAGAUUGGACCCUUUUGGGGUUCUCUCUGCACAGCAAGUCACAGCAGACAAUUUAUCAAAUGAAGAAGAAUUUAAAGUGGAUUUUGCAUCAUCCUCCACAAAACGAUUGGAUGUGCAUGAUUUUGACCCACAACAUUGUAUGGGGAAAGUGAGAACAAAAAUUGUGGCAAAAUCUGCAGGCAGUACAGAAGAAAUGUGCUUGUACUUAUCAACGGCAGAACAUAGUCAAUUAUGUACAACAAAAAGUUAUAUUUCUCAAUCACCGUCCAUACUACAGCCUGACGUCACACUAUGCCUUCCAAGAAUGAUUAAGUUACAAUCAAGUUGCCCACAAUAUUCCAAGAUUCAUGGCAUGCCAUCUUUAUAUCAGUCAGAGAUUACAGCUUGGCCUGAUUGGAGGUUAUUGACUCCAAAGUUACCAAGCAACAGAUUUCCUUUACUCCUGCACUCAGACUUUAGUUCCCUUUUUAAGAGUAGUGCAGGGAUUUUAAAAAUGGUGGACAUUACACCGUCCUGCCCCAGGUCUGCUAGUAUUCCAGGAUUCCCAUCUGCUUUGAAGCGUGAACCUAAUAUGACUUGUCUUUUACCCAUUUGUCCCAGAAUUUGCAGUAUUCCAGGGUUAGCUUCUGCUGGAGCAGUGAAUGUGUUUGAAGAUUAUGUUUUGGACAAUGGUUCUCUGUGGAGGAAACAAUUGCAGAUAAAAGACGCAUUUAUUUCGUACAUGUCCUGUUUUCAGGAGCAAGAUGUUCCUGAUACUAAUAUGGUUAACAGUAUGGUGGCCAUGUUGCCAACAUGUUCUAGAAAAGCGAGUAUUCCAGGAUUUCCUUCCGCACCAUUGCUCAAGGUUCCAAGUAUUCCAAAUAUGGCUAGUCUUCUCCCUACAUACCCCAAACAGACAAUUGUUGCAGGUAUGCCUGGUAGACAAGAAGCUAUGGCAGCGAAUGACAGCUGGCUUAUUUUAAGGGAAUAUAUUUUUGAAAGACCAUUGAGAAGUAAUCCUGCUCUGGUGUCACAUGAGGAUAAAGAGCAUAUACGACAUAUGGUAGAUAUGUUAUUAUCUUGUCCCUGCAAGGAAGUCCUCCCUGGUUUUCCCUCUGUGCCAAGAAAAGGCACAGAUACCCCCAAAGAAAUGUUAGAUAUGUUGAGAAGCUGCCCGCACAAAGCCAACGUUUUUGGCUCACCUUCUGCUCCACAAAAACCAAGCAUGGUUAAUAUAAUGCCUUUAUGUCCCGUACACAGUAAAGUCCCUGGUUGUCCUUCACAGACUGGACAGAAACUCUGUGUGUCUAGCUGCAAUGAAUGGUUUGCCUCUAAAAUUUUACAGUGGGACAUUCCAUUCAUCAAAAAGGAAGUCCAGAUUCGAAAUGCAGUUUUGUGUUUUGAUGAAAACACUGCUAAAAGUAUGAGUGCAAUAUUACCCUCUUGCCCUGAGAAAGUUAGAGUUCCUGGGUUUCCGUCUGCUUUGACACUCACAUUAACCAAUGUCCCAACUAUGGUCAACUUAUUGCCAAGUUGUACAAAGGCAUCUAGAAUUCCUGGAAUGCCACUAAGAGACACCAGUGAACAAUCAGAGUGGCUGAUGGCAAGCAAAUCGCUCCUACGUCCUCGGGAAAAGUUGGCAUUUGAAUACAAUUUACUGGAUGUAAAUGUGUUCUAUUCUGAUUGUGAUUGUGUGUCAAUAUUACCAUCUUGCCCACAGACAGCUCGUUUACCAGGCUUUCAAUCAGUGCUAUCUACGGUGUUAGCAGAUAUACCAAGUAUGAUCAAUUCGUUGCCUACAUGUCCAAGACAUUCCACCGUAUGUGGAAUUCCUUCUAGAUACUACGGUUAUUGUGAUGAGGCCGAAUGGCAUGUGUAUAAAUGGCCAGUGUGGGAAAGGCCAUUAACAAACCAAGGCAAAAUGCCAGUAAUACAUGACCAUACAAUGCAUAUUACAGACAAAGUAGUUGUCAAGAUUAUGGUAUCAAUGUUGCCACCGUGUCCACAACACUCAAGUAUUCCUGGAAUUUCUGAGGCAGGAGAGAAACCAGUGGAAGCUGUGAUGAGGGAGGCUCAAACCAUGUUAAAAACUGAAGCCACUUUCCCGCAACAACGUGAAAUUCCAGGUCUACAUGGACAGAGUAGCGCCAAAGAUUGGGAUGGCCGGUAUGUAGACAAGGACGUAGUUUGGAAAAGCUCAUUCAAUACUGUUAAGGAUCCAUCCUAUAGGGACAAAGAAAUAACGCAGAGUAUGCUAAAAUCAUGUCAUUCACGGUCCCUGAACCCUGGAACUCCACCUGCUUAUAAACAGCAGGUUCUUGAUGCCACCUUGAUGGAAAAACAUCAUGGUAAAAACAUGGUAAAAUUGCUGCCAUGUUGUCCACAACGGUCAAGUAUUGUUGGUUUCCCCUCAAGACUGUCAGUUAUUUCUGAUUCUGAAGUAGGGGACCGGCUGGUGGUGAUGAUGAAGAUGCAAGACUGCAGUGACUUUCACACAAUGUAUAGUUCUCCCAAAGAUAGAAUAAUGGCAAUUCCUUCUCUUGAUUCUUCCUGUCCAAACAUUGCUCUCAGUUCUUACUUCCCAACAGUUAAAAUGCCUGACAUAAACUGCCUUCCAAAUAUGAUAAAUAUUGUGCCAUCUUGCCCAAAGAAAGCGUCUGUUCUUGGAUUGCCAUCCACACAUGUGCACCUUUCAGAAAAAGAGUGGCGAGGAACAACGAUAAUUGGAAGUGAAAGAGAAAACCAUACGAAUGAACACCUCUCACUGGAAGAACGUUUCUUUGGAAACGUUUCUGUUAGAGAAGGAUCAAAACUUUUCAUACUCCCGAGCCAAGGAUCAGAGGAUGUUCAACAAGGAAUGACAAUGGAGUCAUCAACCCCCUUACUAUCAUCAAAUUCUGAGGGCCAGCCAUCCUCCAUGGUCAAUGGGAUGGAUACAUUAUUGGAUGAGGCCAGUCCAAUAGGAUUCAAUCUUGAUACAGAGACAACUAAAUCCAAUGUGUGCUCAGAUUUGAAGAGAUAUAAAGAUGAACAGGGCUUUUGGAUACCAAGUGAGGCAGAAGAAAAUGCUGUUCUAGGAAAAGGAAACUUGCAUUGCAGAAUCUGGCACUCCCUUCCUCAUAUGCCACUGUUGUUGAGUGUUAGGAAGAGACAUGAAAACCUGGUUUCACUAGAGCCGUCAUGCCAAGUUGUUGCUGGUGCAACACAACUUCCAUCCCAAACCCAAAUAAGUAAUGCCGAGCUGCAAUUACAAAAAUGUCCCACAAACAAGACCGUAGUAUGGGAAGAGCUACCAAAGACAUCUACAGUAAAAUGUCCGACAGACCAGACCAUACUAUGGGAGGAGCUACCAAAGGUGACUAAAGAGAUAGCAAGAAAGUCAUCUGAGGAAGAAAUGGAAAUGACGAGAAGAAAAGUGGUCUGCCUCUCUUCUACAGUGUUGAAAACUAGUAAUGAAAUGAAGACAAAUACAGAAACUGGGAUUGCAGAUCUAAUGCCAAUAUACCCAACAGUUAGCAACAUAUUCAAAUGCAGUGUUACUGCUGAACAAACAGAGGAAUGCCUACUGAACAGCAAGUCUACUUGGGAUACCCCAUCAGAGGAUAAGGACAUUGUGCAUAAAACGUCUUCCACCCCUUGUGCACAACAUGUGCCAUACUAUAUGAAGACAGAUUUAUUGCUUGUCUGUCCCAGUGUGACAUGCAUUGCUGGAAUGCCGUCUAGAUUGCCCCCAAAAGGAAAACCCUGGUGUAUAGAUCAAAAGACAAUCUGGGAGAAACAAUCAAAAAUGAGGGAAAUAUUAGCACCAUAUGCGUUGACGGAUGAUGAAAUGAGCCAUAUGGUUUUACUGGUACCCUCUUGUCCCAGAAAGGCUAUAAAUCCAGGUUUUCCUUCUGCACCGCUAUACAGUUUAGUUUGUUUUUGUCCAAGUGUAUCCAGUACACCUGGUGGUUCAUCCAUCGAUGAAGCCAGCAACCGAUCAUGGGUAUCUCAGCAGGCUCCAAUUUUGGAAAAUAAAAUGAAAAGUGAACAAGUUGUAAUGACAGCAUCACUAAAAGAGAAGGAUCAAUUUAGACUGGAAUCUUUGGAACCAACUUACCUAAGACAUUCUUGCACACCAGGCAUCCCAUCAAUUACACAACCUGGUAUAGCAUAUCAUGGAUCAGAUAUGACGAGCCUUCAAAGUUCUUGCACCAAAACACCUUGUAUUGAAGGUGUUCCAUCAUUAAUGGAACCAUUGAGGAAAGGCUGCCCUGCAGAUUACAAACCCUUAGAGGUAAUUCAGACAGAAAAAUACAUUGUUGUGAUUGAAAAGAGACCCCACUACAAUGACAUGAACAAUGACACGAGAGCCAUGUCAGCCCUAGCCCCAACAUGUCCAAAAUCAUCAUGUAUUGUGGGUUUUUCUUCAAUGCAGAGAGAUGACAGCAAAGACUGUAACACUUUCCAUGAGCCGUUAUGGGAGAAGCAAAUUAAAAAGACUUCUAUAUUGAUACUGGAAAAUGAUAAAAUAAAAAAAGACAUGAGAGGAGUUGUGUCUCUUGCACAAAGUUGCCCAAGAGAAUCACUCAUCUCUGGCUUUCCCUCUGUCCCAAAACUAAGGAUAAACAAUGUUGACAUGACAAAUAUGGUCAGUCUUUCAAGCUCAUGCUCAAAAAGGUCAAAAAUACCAGGAUUUCCGUCAUCCUCUAAUUCAAAAGAAUGGAAAGUAAGCAGGAAACCCCUAUUUGAAUGUAAAUUGCAAGCAAAGGUGGUGUCAUUGAUAGACAGAAGUGAAGGAGAUAAGAGAUCAAUGAAAGCAAUGGUUGCUCUUGUACCAUCCUGUCCAAAAGAGGCAAGGGCGCCAGGAUUUCCUUCUCAUCCAAAUUCCCAGAACAUUUAUAAUGCACCAAAUAUAAUCAGUCUUUUUCCAUUGUGCUCGCAAGUUUCCAAGAUUCCUGGAUUCCCAUCAAUUGAUCUGAAUGUUAGUGUGGGAUGGAUAAUAGAAAAGAUGUCAUUGCUGAAGAGCCUACCAAAGAAGACGGUCAUAUUUGAGAUAUCAAAUAGCGUUAAAAAGAAUUCUAUCGUUUCCUGUGUACCGUCCUGUCCAAAAAUGACAAGAAUCCCUGGUUUCCCAUCUAUUCCAAAUCCCAAAAUGGUGUAUUAUGGCCUAAAUGUAGUCAAUCUCCUUCCUUUGUGCCCCCUUGUUUCUAUCAUACCUGGAUUUCCAUCAGUUAAAAGUCAAAAGGAAGAUGGAUGGUCUGCUGAACUGGGUCCAUUAAUGCACAGACCACUAAAGAACAUUCAGUUUAGGAUAAACAGCUCGCCAGCUAACAUAGACAAAACAUACAACAUGAUUUCCUUGGUUUCUUCUUGUCCAGGAUCAUCAAAGAUUCCAGGCUUUCCCUCUGUUCCCAAAUACAACAUGCUAAGUAUUGUCCCUAUUUGCGCCAAAGCAUCCAAUCUCCCUGGAUUUGCAUCCUUUGAAGGAACCUCAAAAUUACAAUGGGUUUUUGAUCCACACACUAUGUGUGAUAAGCCAUCAAAGGAGACAGUAUUCAUAAGGCACAGUCCAAAUGAAGACCCCAAAUCUGCAAAGACAAUGUUGGCCUUAGUGGCAUCUUGUCCAGAAUCAUCCACAAUUCCUGGCUUCCCCUCUGCACCGCAAACCAAAUCGAAGAUUACCAGUGAGAUAUGCUUUGUACCUUGCUGUUCCAGGGCUUCAAGUCUCAAAGGAUUUGCAUCCAUGUCUGCAAUCCAAAAUACAGGGUGGCUUAAUGAAACAAAACCAAUUUUGCUAAGUCCUCAGAAGAAAAGGCCAGAAAUAAUUGUGCCACUUAUUGAAAAGAACGAGCUAUGUUGCUACAGCAUGAGAGGCAUGAUGACAUUAGUGACAUCCUGUCCAAGAGAAGCCAGAGUUCAUGGUUUUCCCUCUGCUCCAGUUACAAACAGACCACCAAAUAUGGUCAGCUUAUACACGUCUGCUCCAUGUGUUUCAUGCAUCCGAGGUUUCCCAUCAGCAAGGACACUUAGCUCUGAAUGUCUAAAUAUACAAACCUGGACAACUGACAGCAAGUCAUUGUCUAAGAACUUGCAGAAUGAGAAGAUUUGUGUCAUUGCAAAUAUUCCAGCCAAACACGAAGAAGAUGAAGCAAAGUAUAUGGUAGCAAUGGCAGCUUCAUGUACACAUUCAACAGAAAUCCCUGGGCUUCCCAGCAUUUCACAAUUGAAUUCAGCAGAGAAAGAAAAAGUCUACUGUUCUACUGGAAAGUAUACACCCCAACAAUUGCCUCACGCACUUUCAACACAGUCAUAUCAAAAAGACCCAAGAAUGCCUGUUGUUCCUUCCACAUGUCUUAGCUUCUCCAACACAGCACUUGCAUAUGAGUUCAAUGGAGGUGCAAAGCAAAACAUAGAUCUUUGUGUAGACAACAGCCAAUCACAAGUAGAGAGGACAGUAGCAGAAGUAGCCCAGACAAAAGGGAAGAAACCAAUGGAAACACCAGACACAGCGGGAGUCUUGGGUUGGGAAGUAAUGGAGGCAGAGGGAACAAUUACAGAAAACCAAGCACCGUCUUCUUUCCCAGCAAAAGUGGAAGAUACGUCGGGAUUAGUAAAGGCUAUUGUGGGUGUUUUCAACAAAGGGUUUCACUCACUCACUCCAGUAUCCAUGUCUCCCAGUUAUGAAACAGUAGCAUCUAUUUUCGGGCCGUCUAGCUCUACUUUAGCUGAAGUGGAACACCAACCCAUGACUGCCUUUUCUAAGGAUCUGAAAGACAAGCCAUUGGCCUCUUCAGAUGAGACACAUUUUGCUGGCAGCACAACUUCCAUUCAGAAGAUAGAGAGCCAGUUGGAAGACAUUUACAUCAAAGAUAAAAUUGAAUAUCCAGGUAGUGCUGAGCCUUACACGUUGGACUUGGAAGGUGACCGAUCAGCGUCUCCAUCACCAACUACCAACAAUGAUGACAGGUUUUUGGUUUGUGCAACCAUUAGGAAAUGGCCACCACUGACAGAGUCAGAUAUCACUGAAGUAUCAAAGGAGAAUAGUGGACAAGUAGAGGAGCAAGAGGCCUUUCUUGAUAAAUGGCAUGCAGAGGAAACAUCGCUCACCGGACAGGAUUCACAUUGUACAAUGUAUAUUGAAAGCUUGUUAGCAAGGCAACAGACUGGGACAGAAGAGGAAGAAGUUAGAACAGACUCAAUUUCAUCACAGCGGAAUGAAGGCCCCCAACAAACAAACAUGGAAGAAAUUACAUCAAAUGAGUCACGCACAAAUUCCAAUGUUCACAGUGAAAAACUCAUGGAGAAACCCUUAUAUAUUCAGGACAUUAGUCCAGUUGGACCACAUGCUACCAUUGCUGACCGUGGAAGAAAGCCAAAGAGAAAUGUUCCAAAACCUCAACCGAGAAGGUUUGAUCAGGAAAAGGAUACUAUUCCAGUACGACCACUCAGAAAGAAGGAUAGUUUAACCUCAGACAGCAAACAAAAAUCUGAUGUUGUGUCGGUCAAUCUCUUCCCUGAGGUUUCUCCAAUCCAAUAUCUAGAGAAAAAUACUAGUGGUGAGAUACAACUUGCCACUGCCCCAUAUUGCCGGAUGAAGAAAGGAGCCGGUAGCAUUACCAGUGUAGCUCAAAAUGGUCAUGCCCAAAAAAGUGAUAGUACUCAAGUAACUUCACACUUAAGUGACUAUAGACACAAAGGAGAAACUGAAUCUGUGCAAAUAUACAGGGACGUUGUUGUGCCGCCUUGUGUGAAAAGAAGAGAUGGCAGUUUGCCACUUGAAACUCCAGAGAAAACUGCCCCUUGCAAGCCUCUGAGGAGAAAAGACAGUGUGACUAGGGAGACACUUGUUCCAAAAACCAAUGACCAACAGGAUUUAAAAGCCAAGGUCAGCUCGGAUCCAGUUCCUCCUCAACCAUAUAAGAGGAGCUUUUUUGUUUCAGGAGCUCUUGAGUCUUUACAGAGCAUUGAUGAACCCAGUCAAACAGAAAUGUCAUUACUCCCUUCACAACCAGUAGGAAAAAAAGAACAAACAAUCAAACUAAAUUUGGUUGGGAGUGCCUCUGCAAAGGCAGCUACAGAAAUAGUCUGCACAAUGCACACAGAGCAACCCUCUCAUGCUUCGGAAUGGCAUAAGAAAGAUAUCAACACAUGUGUCAAGGCCUCUUCUCUCACAAUUCUCCCAUCACAAACAAAGGGAAUUGGAAGUAUCACACCAAAGUCUGAACCAGACAGGCUUCAUGUUGAGCAAACUGCUUCUCUCUCAAUCAUCAAGAAAAUACAUCUUCCCCAGCGGGGCAAGAAAUUCACCUUAAACAAAUCCGGCAAAAUCUGCAGUGACAAGGAGUCUGUAAAACCAGUCCAGAUAAUAAACACUGUUUAUAAACACAGGGAAGAAAUACAGCAGUCACAUAUUGCUGGCGAAAAAACUGUUGAUAUGAUUGGCAUCAUGUCCUCUCAGAAAAAAGAAGAAACAUCAGAGAAAGGACAAGCAGAGAAGGACAGACAAACAUCUCUUUGUAUCCCAAGGCCACGUGAGAGAAAACGUCUCAGCGGCUCCUUCCAAGAUGAUGUGACACCUAUGGCGAGCACAUCAAAGUCUUCCCAUGGAGAAAAUGGAGAGGCAUCAAAGCAAUUUGGUCCUUUAGCCUUUUCUUCAACAACUAACAAAUUGUCAAAAGCGAAACAUAGCAAACAAUUUCCUUCUCUUCCUUUGGGUGAUCAACCUUCUUCAUCCACAAAAAUAAUGAAUCCUGUGACGUUAAGGAGAAGUAGAUCGGCCACUGAGGGCAGGGUUCAGGGAGAGGAUGGUCAUAUUUCAGAGAAGACACCAGGAGCUUCAGGCUUACCUGUACCAAAACCAAGAGUAAAGAAACGUCUCAGUGAUUCAUUUCCAGAUGCCACUUCACUUGACUUACCACCUCCCCGCCUGCCAGACACAUUAAAAGACACUGGGGAUGAAUCAGUCCAACAGAAUGACCAGUCAAGGUUGCCACGACCAUUGCCGCGGGCCAAGAAACAUCUCAGUGCCAAAUAUUCAGACAACACAGUGCUUGCAACUAAUGUUUCUCCUCCAGAAUUGGAAUUGAGAAACCCAGAGGCUAUACACGCCACUGGCAAGGAAACUAAGGAAGGCCCAAAAUCGCUGGAUUCAAGUGUGAUCUCUGAAGGAGGCUUCGUCACAAUCCAAGGAGAAGAUAAUGGUGCGUCACAGUUGGAACGGGAAGUGCUCGAAGCAAUGGAAGAAAAUGAAUUUCAUCAGGUAGACGCUGUUGAAGAUGAUGAGAAAAAACUGGAUGAAAUCAUUGAUGGCUGGACCUUUACAGAAAAACCUGUUGCCACAAAUGACUCAGAGAAGGCUGCAGAGUGUAUGCCUCAGCAAGCUAACAUUGAAAAAGUCCUGGGAGAAGAGGUUGAUAGGGCUCAAACUUCUCAGGAUGACUGGCUACACGUAGGUGAUAAAGACAGUGAACGAGUGGAAACUAACGCGAGGAAGGAAAUGAGGGACGAAGAGUUGGACUUUGGCUUUGUUUCUGUAGAUGCUGAUUGUUUCGAAGAAGAAAGGCAGAGGGAGAAGUCACAGGUUGGUUGCUUUCACCAAGCCAAUGAAACAACAACACAGCAGAAAAGACCUGCAGAUGGGGAUACGGCUCCGGAAGGCUUUUCACCAACUCCCAGCUUAGUGACAUCCAGCCAGUCUCUACUGGACUGGUGUCAGGAAGUCACACAGGGUCACAAGGGAUUGAAGAUCACCAAUUUCAGCACCUCCUGGAGAAAUGGCCUUGCCUUUUGUGCCAUUUUACAUCACUUCCAACCAGAAAAUAUUAAUUUUGAAAUGCUGAACCCGUAUGACAUCAAGGACAACAAUAAGAAGGCCUUUGAUGGCUUUGCCGAACUUGGCAUUUCCAAGCUGAUGGAGCCUUCAGACAUGGUCAUGCUGCCGGUGCCUGACCGCCUCAUCGUCAUGACCUACCUCAACCAGAUCCGCACCCAUUUCACUGGCCAGCAGCUCAGUGUGCUACACAUAGCAAAGAAUAGCAGCGAGUCCAGCUAUGCAGUAGCAGGGGACCGGGAGGGCCAAGAGGACCCUGAGGCAACUGUUCGCUACUGUGCCCAGCGGUUGCAAGAAGAGGGUAUUAGUCUAGACACCAACGGGACUGCAGGCACCGCACAGUCGGCGGACAAUAAAACCAGGGAUGUCGUGCCACCUCCCAGAAGCAGACGGGAGCAGGUUGCUGGGGUUCAGCCACCAGUCGCGCCACCAAGGACUCAUUUCCUGUCCAAGACUGGGUUCUCUCAUGUCAAAGACGCGGAUCUGGUCAAGAAGCGUAGAUCACAGCGGAGGAGUAUGUCAUUAGAAGAAGGAGACAUAUCGGUGGUUGUUGCAGGUCAAGAUGAUCGUGUGAUUUCUCGGAGGAAGUCAGAUACCGAGAGAACAGAGGCUGAAGUUGAGGAGGGAAGAUCAGAGAGCCAAGACCCCAACCAGUAUGUGCUGAGUCAGAUAGAAGCCCUGGAAGCGGAACAAAGUCAUAUUGAUAACAGAGCAGGUGUUGUGGAGAGGAAACUCAGACAAUUGCUGGAAACGGGUAGUGACAAGGUGGAGGAGGAGAGGUUGAUUCAGGAAUGGUUCAUACUGGUCAACAAGAAGAAUGCUUUAAUCAGGAGGCAGGACCAUCUGCAGCUUCUGCUGGAGGAACAAGACUUGGAACGAAAAUUUGAACUAUUGAACAAAGAGCUGAGGGACAUAAUGGCAAUUGAAGAGGGGCAGAAGACUCCCGUCCAUAAACAGAGAGAGCAGCUGCUGCUUCAAGAGCUGGUUUCACUGGUCAACCAGAGGGACGAACUCGUCCACAACAUCGACGCGAAAGAGAGAGGAGCUCUAGAGGAGGAUGAGCGUCUUGAGCGAGGCCUGGAGCAGCGGAGGAGGAAGUACGCCAAGCAGCAGAAAGAAAAGUGUGUGAUGCAGUAGCAACAGAUUCUGUGAACUCUUUGGCCACGAAACGCUGCUUCACACGUCUGACAGGACGCGGGUGUGAACACAUGUUUGGUCCUCUUUUCACCUGCUGUCAGACUGAAGUGGACAUUUGCAUGUAGCGGGGGUCCUUCUGACCAGAUAUGAGGUGGAGUGAGGCUCGUAAAAAUAAACUUUUUGCUUUUGGUUUGCUUUCCUUUUUCAAUGAUGUAAGAUGUAGUGUUUGCCUCCAUUUUGUGCCCCAAGAUCAAAGUAUUUAAAAUGGGCUCUAUUGUCAUACUCCACAAAUCAAUGUGUUGCCUACAAACUAACCCGUACAGGAGAUUCAGCACCAACGAGGAGUAGAGGCAGCGAGAGAGAGAGAGAGAUAGACGCUUGCAGGUUUUCACUGUUUGCUUUGCAGUUUCUGUGCUCUGUGUGUGUGUGUGUUUUCAGUAACUGUUGUUACAGACGUGAAUUGAUUGAGAAUGUGUAUACGACUUGGAGAUGUCUGGUACAAGUAUGAGUUGCCAAAAACAACAGAAGUAUUUCUGACCAUGUUGGGAUUGCACCUCCUGAUAGUAAAAUCUAAUGGCAGUUCAUUCAUAGUUUCAGUGUUUCCCGGUCAGGGUUAGUUUUUGACAGAUGAGGAAAUCUCAGUUCCGAGGUAAAAGACUUGGGGUGUUGUUUUUAUCCUAAUGUUUAGUGGGAUAAAGGACGAGCGAAUACAGCCACUUUAAAUAACUUAAUGGGUAGAUUUAAAAUGGUGGUGUUUAUUCAAGUCAUCUAUCUGAGAAGCAGCCACACAGAUAUUAAGAUGAAAACAUCCAUCUGUUUAGAUGGCACAACAGCAUUUAUCCUCUCUGGAAACUGAUGACAGUGACAUUUAUACAUGUAGGAUUUUGUUUCACAUUUCACAUGUUGUUUAGAAAAUGUUCUGGUGAGACUUAAGUGGCUAAACACAUUCAAUGACUCCUGCCUUUUAUUUUGAAAGAUCUUUAAAGUACCAGACAAUUUGAUCUUGAAAUGAAAGGUAAAGACGGGAAUGUCUUUUCAUCCUCAAAGCCAUAUGUUUGUUAGCAUGAUAAUAACAUGAGCUUAAAGUUAAAAAAAAACAUUUUUCUAGUUUUGCACUGAAAAAUAUUUUACUUCAGUGCGAGAAGGUCCUGUAACAGCGGCGUUUAUUUUAUGUGUUUGCAGUUGACCCGUUGACGGCUGUUUGUAGCCGCUCGGAUACCUCGUGUGAAUGAGUCACAACCUUUUAGAAGGAUUGCUGUUAUUAUUUGUGGUUUUAUGUUACAUUUGCACAAUUUGUAAAGUUUAGAAAAUAUAAAAGAUCUGAACAAAUUUAA